AGCCCUCUCAGGUAAGCGCUCAGCCUCGCCCACAGCCACCUUCGCUGCCAGGGAGAAGCGGAGAUACCGCUGUGAGCCCUUGGAGGGCAGAAGCGCUGGGAGGUAGCUGGCAGGCUGCUCCGCGUUGGUAUUUUUUGAGGAAGCCACAGCUGAGGAGCCUCCGCAGGGGCUUGUUGUCUCCAAACAAUAACCGAAGGGGAAGGUGCUUCUGAGAACCAUGUUGUCCCUGGGUGUCAGUAAAGGAGGUGUCAUUCCGCCCACGGAUGAAGACCGCAGGAGGAUCAUUAAGCAGAUGAAGGUUCGCACCACCCUGAAAGGAGAUAAGAGCUGGAUCCACCACCAUAACUCAGACUCUGAGGAUGAGAAGAAGAGCAGCCCUUUGUCUGGACGGGUGGGUGGAGGAUCCCCAGCCUCAACACCUAUUGCUCCCCAGAGUGACAGGUCUUCUGCCUCCAAGCCUCCAUCUGGUUACCUCAUCAGAGGGGUGUUCACAAGAACCAUUGAUAAGACCUCUUCUGUGCCAGAUUCUUCAUCUUCUAAUGCAGCACAAAAAAGCUCUGCCGCAAAGGGCCACAGCCUGAGCCGUCCCCUCUCUGGCUACAGGAUGACCACCGAGGAUUACAAGAAACUAGCUCCAUAUAAUGUCAAGCAAAAAUCAGUGGACUUGGAUGAGGAGGAUGUGCCUUUUUCUCCAGAUGAACACAAAAAGAGGACAGAGGCGGCCAACAGUGUCCUGAGGCGCACUGCCAGCAGGGAACGUGCUUACGUCCUCUCAGCGGCCAAGAAAAGCAACGGCAGCCCAACACAAGAAUUUCCACCCUUGUUCGCCAAGAGAAUUGAGAUAGAAGAAGAGGAAGGACAGCAGAGGAGGAGUCAAACUGUGUCUGGGUCGUACAGGUUUACACCAGAUGACAACAGUACUAAUGGGCUGAGAAAAACCAGUGUUGGGUCUUCCUGGAAUGAGCCAAAGGCAACAGCAGUGUCUCCCUCCAGCCCUGAAACAGGCAGUAAGAGCCAAACAACCACGUCCUUGAGUGAAACUUCAGAGAGAAUCUCCACUUCUACUGAAAUCAGAAAUGUUGAAAACAGACAGGCCCCUAAUGGGAAAUCCUCAUCUGAAACUGUGUCACAGCGUGGGGAUGGUGACAAACCUCUGAAGGAAAAGUCUGAGUCCUUCCCGUGGGAUGAACCGGGGCCCAGAGAAACUGCGGUUUCCACGAACAGAAGCUAUCCUGAACACACAGAAGCCAACAAUGGAUUUCACCCACCAAAGGACAGACCUGCAGAUGCUACAGAUGAGCUGCACCGUCAGUACGAGACCUCUCACUGCCUGGAUGAUGCAAAGUCUGAACAUGCAAGGUCUAGCCUUCAAUCUGAAGCCCCUUUUCCUCCUACUGAGAGAGCCCCUGUGCACCUAGAGGACACAGAAUAUUCCUUUAAGAGAUCUGUCCUGGGCUACGAGGAGAGAAGCAGCCCCCGAGAGAGCAGGUACACCAGUCCCGAUGUCCCAGCGUACAGCAAGCCUUACUGGAAUGAAGCAACGUCUCCCCAAGAUUUGAAAGAGGGGAACACCCCUAGAGAAAGGGGGCACGAGAGCACACGGGCCUCAGAUGGCUAUAAACCAGAGCUGAUCCAGGGAGGGUUUACAGACUCAAAUGACCGUACUGAGAAGGGACAAGAACCUCCUGACCAUGAUGUCUGCCCAGAGCCUCCCAGGUCCAAGGAACAUACAGAACAUGAGCCCAGCAUGACUCAGUCCAGUUCUCUGCCUAGAGAAAGCAGCAUUGCUCCUCCAGAGACCAGAUGUGCAAGUGAAUCUGACCCCUCCUGGGAAAGGAUCACUCCAGGUUAUGAAGAACAAACCCACCCCACCACAGAGAGUUACCGUGACAGCCCAGGAGACUGGAGACACAACGAGCCCAACCCCGUGGCAGCCAGCAGGUCUAACUUCAGCUCAAAAGAGAGCGCACUCAGUGCAUAUGAGACCCAGCAUCCCACGCCACUGCGCAUGGAGCACCAGCCCUUUCACACCGGCGUGUCAGCACCCAGUCACAGGAUACCGUCCUACGUAGACAGCCAAGUAUUCAGCAGCAGCAGAAGCUACGACUCCCUUCCCAGAGACACCACCACUCCCCAGAGAAGCCACAGGGUGCCGUUCUACAUGGACAGCUUAAACUAUAACAGCACCAGGCUUCUCUCAGGGUCGAGUGAGAGGAUCUGCAGCCCAAUUGCCACCUUACCACACAGCACCCCAGCGGCCUCUGGGUACCAGCCCGAUUCCAGCACUGCCGGAAAAGGGGUCCUCUUUGUGAAGGAGUACGUGAACAGCAGCGGGUUAUCAGCCUCCCCACGCUACGGCAGUGGCAGCCUUGUAGAUUUCACCGAUUCGGAGAGAGCACCCUAUAGCCACCACAGCUACCUGUCUGGCGCUCCCCUGCAGAGGUCCAGUGAACCUGUUUGCAGUUACUGCAGCCGCGAGAUCCGAGACUGCCCCAAGAUCAUAAUAGAGCAUCUGAACAUCUGCUGCCACGAAUACUGUUUCAGGUGUGGAAUUUGCCACAAAGCAAUGGGAGACCUUCUGGAUAAAAUAUUCAUCCACCGGGACAUUGUCCACUGUGACAAGUGCUAUGAGAAACUCUUCUAGGGUUUUGCAAAUCUGGAGAAGGCAGCCAGGGGAACGUCCUCAGCAGCACGUGUCGGAAUGUAUCUGGUGGUUCCCGACUGGCUAAGAAAGCAGAAUUCCUGCUAUUCCUCUUUUCCUCAAGUUAUUUUCCCUCAUGUUGCCUCAUCACAAUGAAUGAGUUUAUCAUCUGCUGGUUUGUGCUGCCAGCUGGGUACAAGUGCCAAUGUUAACAGGAGCAGGCAGUGGCAUCUACAAAGAUAAGGGGGCUGAUUUUCCAAAGGUGCCAAGCCCCUCCGCCUGCCUUUAACUUCAUUAAGAUUCCAGAGUGCUCCCUGUGUUGGAAGUCAGGCAGAACUCCUUAGGUCUAUUUAAGCUAUUAAGAGAAACCUUUUCUGUUUUGUUGGGGUUUUUUUGGUGGUUGUUAAUUUUUGGGUUUUUUUUCCUUUCAUUUCUGCAAUUGGACUGCAGCUUAGUGUGUGUGAGCUGGCACAAAACAAGUAGAUAUGAGGGGUGUUAAACACUAAAUCUGGAUUCUUGGGAGGGUUUGAAUUUAGUUCUUAGCAAAAGCCUAUUUCUGCUCCUCUCACCCCCAAAUUCUGCCUGGAAAUAGCGUCUGCCUGAUUUCCAUUUGCUUUCCAUGGGCUUUCAGGAGCACUUGCAGACUCACUUUACUCUAAUUGUGUGUCAGCUUCAAUUUCCCCUUCCUGCCUGCUCCCCAGUGGGCUGCUGCGGCAGCGCGUGUGUCUGCUGGCUGUUCGGGCAGAUAACGCUCUCCUUCACCCGAUAUUUUAAUGUGGCCUCUGACGGUUGACAUCUCAUGGCCAUACAAAACGUGCCAGAGAAUGGGUAUCUCAAUUGCCUCUCCUGACAAGGAGCACUGCUGGACUGAAAUCUGAGUUCCCCCCCACCUCGCCAAGGCUUGCUGUAGUGCCUCUCUUCUCGCUGGAAAUUAUGUAUAUCGCAAAAGCUCACUCGCAAAAUCAAACUUCUGGCAGAUGCUGUACUUACUAAAAGUCAGAAUCACAUAAUUUUAGCCCUUAAUUCAGAUGCUGAGAAAGCUCAAUACUGAAACCUGAAAGUCAGGCUCUAUGCCUUAACAGAACAGCUCUGAAUGUGGACAGAGAGUUACUGCUUUGAAAGCCCCGGGAAUGUCCACAAAGCACCCAAGUCAGUUCUAUAGCAGCUCUUACAUGGAAAUAGGUGAUGGCAAAAGCGCUAAUGCAGACUAUUGUUAGCUAGAUAAUUCUUCCUGCACUUAGUCGUGGAAGCUGGCACACACGCAAAAGCUUAGCAAGUGUUUUACGGUACGAGUGCUACUUUGCUUUUUUUAGGCUGCUGUACCAUACCUACCCUUCUAAGUGACCAAGAUGUUAAAGAGCGUCACAAAGCGUCUCUUCCCCCCUAAUUGCUCAUUUCUGGUAAACCACAGCCAGUGGUUUCUUUCUGGUACCUGUGUCUGUGGUGGAGAACGACCGGUACAGCGGUUGUUACACGUCUCAUUAUGCCACAGUUGAAGAGCGAUUGUUUAAACUACCAAAACAGAUGGGCCUGUAACUACAGGUGCACUUUGAGAAGGUGAUCUGCAGAAAUAACUCGCAGAGUCCAGAGUUCCUGACGGGUGUGUGGCCUUGCGGGGAACAGGAUUUGUCCAUCACGCAUUUUGCACUGUCUCUCCUCAGCAUCGCGUUUCGCUGUAGCAAAUGUUUAACCUCAGCAUACAGCUCUAAUAAACCGUCUUUGCUCA